AGGGCAAGACGGUGGCCGACAGGUCGGGCAUGGAGCAUCUGGAGCGCUGCGCGUGGGCCCUCAGGGGGACGCUGGUGCGGGCGGCCGUACGGCGCUACCUGCCCUGGGCCCUGGUGGCCUCCAUGCUGGCUGGUUCCCUCCUCAAGGAGCUUUCCCCGCUGCCCGAGAGCUAUCUCAGCAACAAGCGCAACGUCCUCAACGUGUAUUUUGUCAAAGUGGCCUGGGCCUGGACUUUCUGUCUCCUCCUGCCUUUCAUCGCCCUCACCAACUACCACCUGACGGGCAAGGCCGGCCUGGUCCUGCGGCGGCUGAGCACACUGCUUGUGGGCACGGCCGUCUGGUACGUGGGCACAGCCGUCUUCGCCAACAUUGAGCACUACACAGGCAGCUGCUACCAGUCGCCAGCCCUGGAGGGGGUGAGAAAGGAGCACCAGAGUAAGCAGCAGUGCCACGGGGAAGGAGGCUUUUGGCAUGGCUUUGACAUUUCGGGCCACUCCUUCCUGCUGACCUUCUGUGCCCUCAUGAUUGUGGAGGAGAUGGCUGUGCUGCACGAGGUGAGGACGGACCGAAGCCACUGGCUUCACGUGGCCAUCACCGCGCUGGGGGUCGCCCUGGGCUUCCUGACCUUCAUCUGGCUGUGGAUGUUUUUGUGCACAGCCGUUUACUUUCACAACUUGUCCCAGAAAGUGUUUGGCACCCUGUUCGGUCUGCUGGGCUGGUACGGGACGUACGGGUGUUGGUAUCUGAAAUCCUUCUCCCCGGGACUUCCUCCCCAGAGCUCUAGUUUGAAUCUGAAGCAAGACAGUUACAAGAAAUAAAAGAGAAGCAAAAGGGAUGGCAGCAGGACAGUGGCUAAUAGAUUUUCCACUUAUUUUUCUUAGUUAUCGACUAAAUGAUUGAUCCCGCUUCCGGGAGGAAGCUUACCGGGCAGCGUGUGAAGUGGAGGUCGGGUGGAGUCUGGGGGGCGAGCGAGGUCAGGCCCCAGACUGUCCCUGGUGGCAUCGCCCUGUGUCACAAGCACCGACACUCCCAGUCAGGCACUUUGUGUUCCUGGCAAGACUUGACCUUAAUCUGGAACAUCCCUUUAGGCCCUAGAGGGCCAAGCUCAGGCUCAGCGAGAGGGCGGGAUCGGGAAAGCCUCUGUUGUGUGGCUGAAGUGGGGCCGGGGCCUCAGGACUCUCCUCUGCUGCCAUCAGAUGCUCCCUGAUUCUUCCUUGUCUUCUGUGUCAAUGGCUGUUAACGCUGUUAUUUAACAGUAAUUCCCUCUGGUCAGUUUUGCAGAAGCAUUUAUUUCCAGCAGGGUUCUUUAUAAAACAGCCAACUGCCUGAAAGACACAUUCUGGUUGUAGUAUUUAUUUUGUCCGUGGAAUGUCAAAUAUUGCAAGUGGCUUGUGAUUCGCUACCAAAACAGUUAAACUGGAGAGCCUCUGCGGCAGAGUAUUGGAUGAUUUUUAGGUAAUGAACAUUGAUUAUUUUCUGUCCAUGUUGUCUAUUAUAUAUUGGUUUUUGGAGCAAGAAGGUUACUUCCCCCCCCACUUCUGUUGUGAGUGAAUGCUUUAUAGUUUUUGAUAACAAUCAUGGCAUUUGUUCUUUGUUGACAGAACUCCCGAAAAUAACUCACGACUCUGCACUUUGGCACAUGUGUAGAUUGCUUUGAGGGUUUUUUAGAACACUCUUGGCUUACGGUAUUAAAUUCAAGCUCACAGGACUCUUUUCUCUGUUAAGAAUAAAACCGGAAAGCAGACAUUUUAAUAACCUGUUGAAUUUUAAGCUGAGUCAGGGUAAUUUUUUUUUUUUUUUUUGUGGUACGCGGGCCUCUCACUGUUGUGGCCUCUCCCGUUGCGGAGCACAGGUUCCGGAUGCACAGGCUCAGCGGCCAUGGCUCACGGGCCCAGCCGCUCCGCGGCAUAUGGGAUCCUCCCAGACCGGGGCACGAACCCGUAUCCCCUGCAUCGGCAGGCGGACUCUCAACCACUGCGCCACCAGGGAGGCCCAGUCAGGGUAAUUUUGCAAAAUGCAUAUUUGCACUGAACCUCCCCUGACCACACGUCAGUGAUGUAGACUGAAUGGUGCUACCGAGUUGUGUGAUAAUAAGCCUUCCGUUCAUUGCUGUGGCCCAAGGCACUUUUACCCUUUUGGACAAGGUUAUGAUAAGUCAGAAGUGGACGAAAAUAUCUUCCCUUGCUUCUGAUGGCAAGAAGCCAACCUGUUUGCAAAAACGUCCCUGAUAAAUGGUGGCUUGACUUUGGCCCACCCUCCUCUUACUUGGACCACCACCAAAACCAGACCAAACGGGCCUGUUCAUCUGCCCUUGAACUCAACCUUUUAUUUCCCCUUGGCAGUACCUCUCAAUUUCCAGCCUUGUCCUUGUGUGGCCCUCACCUUGGGAGUGCUGGGAAUGGUGAGAUGCCCCGUCCCCCCUGCCCCACAGAGGCACAGUGACUGCUCUGUGAUAAGAUACCCCUUCCCUCUCUUAGGGUGUCUCCUUAAGCCUUUCAAACCAAGCCCCUUGCAUUUUGGAUAAUCAUCCUGGAAGCUUCUUUGACGCCCCUUCCCCGCCCCCCCCCCCCCCCCCCAGUCAAGCCUGGUAAUAGCAUUAACUGAUAAGCACUGCACUUGCCUGGCUUAACUCAAGCUUAGGUUGGUAGGAGUUUGAGGUCUGGAAAAUCUUCAGUGUAAAAUGUAUUGCGUAUAAAUAUGUACUUAAAAAAUGUAGUUCGUAUCUCAUCUGGCCACAGGUUAACCUAUAUCGAUCAAAAUGUGGGGUGUGAUACAUUGUACCCAAAGGUGGCAGAAACACCUGACAGUGAGAUUUCGAAGGUGUCACCAUGGUGCUUUGGGAGCGUUGGCAAGCUCUGAUGGGCCCCGGGAGAAUUGUUUUGCCCCCUGGAGCUUACAUCUGAAAACGGGGGUGGUGGAAGUGGGGCUGGGGUAGGUGGCAGGGGCUUGCUGAAGGGAUUGACGUCUCUCCUGCGUUUCAUGUUCAGCACCAAAAGGCAGCAGGCACAAGGGGACGCCAGAAGUUCACUUGUCUCACUUAAAUGUCCAGACGUUUCUCUCCUGCAGGUCUGAUUCAGGCUCAGCCUUACACUGACUCCGUGGAAAGCGUCCAUCACCGAAUCUUGUCUAUUGAUGAGCCUUCUGCCACUUCCUGUUCAGUCUUAGCACCUUUGCCUGUCUCUAGGGAACAUGCUCUCAAUCCCUGUGUGACACAGCGUGGCAAGGCUGAAAGUUUAGGCAAAUGUGAGAUGUGGGUCCAAAUCGUGUCUGACCCUGGUCAAGCCUCAAUUUCCCCGUCUGUAAAAUGGAGGUGGUACUGUCAGGAUGAAGGGAAUAUGUUUGUAAAAUGCCCAGCACAUGUGCAUAGCAGGUGAUAAUCCUCCUGCCUCCUCUUUCUUGAUUAAGCCUUUAGAACUUUAUGGCUCCUCUGGAGAAGGCAGGGAAACGAAUAUGUUCUUUGGAGUGCCAUCUGGGGUCUGGGUGUCCUGUUGAAGUAGCCUUGUAUUAUCUUUUGAAAAGUGUCUAUUCCCCAGGUGGCGAACAAGAGGCUUUUGAGGGCAUUUGUGAUCACAGAAUACCACCGUGCUUGGUUUGUCUCUCCGUGUUGAGGUUCAUUCACUGGCGCCUCAUUUUCCGCAUGCAUCUGUCAUAGUCUGAGUACCAGAUUGUAUUUAGAGAAUGGUUCUUACCACUGUUAUGUACACACACAGAUCGUGUGUGUAAACAGGCACAUUAAACUACAGAUAAUGAA